CAGUGAAGCUUCGGGAUCGGCGCUUGGAGCGUCAGCGUGAUCGCAGGACGGGAUUGACAGGCAUUCGCCCAUGUGACGGAUCGCGGAAAUGUGAACCAGCCCGAUUGAAUUGUCUAUAACAGACAAGACGCACAACUAAAUGCACAUCAAACAACGAUCGGCGUCACGCUUCCUCACGUCAAUUAUUUUCCCGUAGCUACAAUGGUUGUUCAAAUACGAGGUGCCUGCAAAACUAGAUCGAAUUAUGGAUUUUGAAGCAGUCAUUUAGCUGCCAUAUAGUUUUUUUUCUGAGAUCUUGUAAAAUCCGGCCCACCCUGCAGGUUCGCAUUGUCCAAGCGCGGCACCUUUUUCUUCGCAGUUCACCAUUAAAGUUCGAAAAGGGGCCAAGCGUCCCGUAGACGGUUGACAAGACGAGCGUCGUCGGGUGGUCCGCGUUGGCCUAUUUGGGCCGAUUCGCGUGGCAAGCCGUCAAACUGAAGCAAGUACGCACCACCGAGUACGACCUGUUGAUCGUAGAUUACGACCCUCUCCUGAUGGAGAACACAGAAACGGAAGACGACGCCGAAUGGAACUGCUCAGUACAUCCCAGCGUAUUCUUUCUGUUAGGGACGCUAGUGCUAACGACGUGCGCAACGGGCAUGCUGUGCGCUGCAAUAAUGACAGAUCAUUGGGAGGAGGUCACGUGGGACAAGCAAAAACUGGAAGUGUUGGCCAAUAACACCGUCCGAUUGCAGUGGCUGUUGGACAAGGCCGUAGCCAGGAUAUCAACGAAUGACAUCAGGGAUAAGACGAUCGCGUUUCUGGUACCGAUGCACGGAGGCAUAUGGACGUUAUGCGUCAGUUUGACAGACGAAGAGCUGUCGUUGCUGAGCAGAGUAGGAUUUCCGUCUGUCCAACCAUGUGUCAAUUAUCUAUCAGGUGGCAUCGACGGGAUUCGAGGUUAUGAGCCCAGGGCAGACUGGCAACAUCGGAUGCAGAACUUGUCUAUCUCGUGCGCUCUGGUGUGCCUGAUUAUACUCGGUAGCGCAGCGCUGGUGGGAGCCUUCGGGGUUUUCCAACAUCAAAUCAGCGCCGUACUGGUCACUGGGGUCAUGUAUCUUUUGGCCGGAACUCUAGAGGAAAGGAUGAAUUAAUUGAAAGAAGUAGUAUUUGGUUAAAAAUUAAGGAGUCAAAUAGAAAAAAUUUUACGAUAAACUGAGCAACAGCCAACGUUUUUAAAUAUGAGUACAGAGAACGUAUUGCUAAAAUUUGCACCUGAAAUGCAUAAAAACUACUUAUUGCACAUUUUAAAUGGGAAAAUGCCCUCGUAUGGCAGCAGUUUGGAUACAAACAGAGCUGUACUCAUGUACUUUGCAGUAGGAGGCCUAGACAUUUUAAAUUCACUUGAUAGUAUAACAGAUACCAGAAAGAAAUCAAUCAUAGACUGGAUAUAUUCCUUACAAGUUAUCAAUGAAAAAGAUUUAACCAGCGGAUUUCAAGGCUCUACUAAUCUGAAUACGAUUGAAAAUAGGGGAAAGAAUACAUUGUAUAAAUGGGCACAUAUAGCUAACACUUAUGCUUGCCUAUCGUCACUUUUGAUGCUCAGAGACAAUUUAGAGAGAGUUGAUAGAUGUGCUAUUAUCAAUAGCUUGAAAGCAUUGCAGCUACCGAACGGAUCUUUUAAAGGUGCCAUAGACGGUGUUGAAAGUGACAUGAGAUUUGUUUUCUGUGCGGCAGCUAUUUCGCACAUCCUGAAUGAUUGGAGUGGAAUUGAUGUCGAGUUGAUGGUGGACUUCAUAUUGAAUAGCAUAUCGUACGACGGCGGCAUAGGACAAGCUCCAGAGCUCGAGUCUCACUGCGGUUCGACGUUUUGUGCAGUCGCUGCACUCGCUUUAAGCGAAAACUUGGACAGAUUAACGAGGGCUCAAUUUGAUAACCUGAGGAGGUGGCUACUAUUCAGAUUCGACGGCGGCUUUAACGGACGGCCUAACAAACCGGUCGACACUUGCUACUCCUUUUGGUCAGGAGGUGCUUUGAAAAUCCUAGACGCCUACGAUUUCAUACAGCAGGAAAAUAAUCAUCAAUACGUUCUCAUGACGCAGGACAGGCGAGGCGGAUUCGCAAAAUGGAUAAACUGCGUCCCGGAUCCGAUGCACAGUUACCUAGGCCUAGCAGGAUUAAGCCUGAUGGAUUUUGGAGGCUUGAACGAAAUGUUUUGCGAACUGAACAUCACCAAACGUACAAAUGAAUUUCUGGAAGAGGUGCAAAAGACUUGGAUGUGAAAUUUAUACGCUCAAGCAUGUUUGUAUCUGACUAUUUUUUUGUUCGUUUUGUACGUAUCCGCAUUUCGGAGCGAAUAUUUUAUCUGGUGGAUCCAAGUUAUCGGAAGUCUUUUCACUUUUAUAUCUACACAGGGUGAUACUCACCUUAUAUAAAGUUUUGUAUUAUAUGGCUAUAAUCACACAAAAUGUAUUAUUAAAUUUAUAUAACGUUUUUAUUUUUUUAUCCCAUUUAACAUAGUAUUUUAUAUACAGAGUGGAAAUAUUAAAUUUUCUUUUUAAAUAAUGGAUUUUAUUUCAAU